CUUCCGGUUUGUGGUCUUUAAAAAAAAGAUUUAAACGCUAAGGGAAAAAAAAAGAUUGUUAAUUAUUAGAUUUAGAUUAACUGUGUUAAUUAUUAAAUUUUUACUGAUUUAGAUUUACUGUCUAGCUACCCCAGGGCAAGGCAGUGUAAUAUGAUAGCAAACAGGCUUCACAAAAUAUUUAAUUCUAAUGAAACAGCCAUGAAUAACAGUUUAUUUGUCUGAAAAUGGUUCACAUUGCUAUCAUUGGAGCUGGACUGAUGGGGGUUAAAAUAGCUGGAGAGUUUGCUUACCACGGCCAUAGAGUGAAGAUCUAUGACAACAGUGUCCAGACAUUAAAUAAAGUAUAUAGUAUUUUAGAAGAUGACAAGAAGCAGCUGUACAUUGAUGGUCUGUUGCCACAGAAACACUUUUUGGGUCAGGUCUUCUGCAUGAGUCAUCUAGAGGAGUCUGUUAAAGAUGCUGAUUUUAUUUUUGAAGUUGUUUAUGAAGAUCUGGAAGUAAAACAAGAUAUUUUUGAGAGAGUGUCCCACUGUUGUAAACCUACCGCUGUGAUUGCCAGCAAUACUUUGCAACUAGAUAUCAACAAAAUCAAUGAGAGAGCUCUCAACAAACAAAGGACUCUGGGACUACGAUUUCUGUUUCCAGUCUACUACAUCCCCGAGGUAGAAAUUUAUCCAGCCAAUCAAACAGAAGUUCAGGUCAUAGAGAAAGUGAGAAAACUUGUAGAGAGAAUGGGCAAAACUUUGUUUUUUAGGUCAGGGCAGCAGCCAUUGAUUUUGACGGAGCAACAAAGAGAUGAAAGGAAGAAAGCUCGGCAAGAAGAAAUAUUGAACUUUUCUGGUUUAGGAGCAUUUUCUGAUCGUUCAAUUCCAGCUCUCCACCAUAGUGGCAAUGAUAAUGUUCAGAAAAUACAAAAUGAAGUUUUCUCCAUCAUUCCAAGUGACCUUGACAGAGAUUGUGCCAUCUGUAUGGACAGACUGCGUGACUGCCUGUUCAGCCCCUGCCACCACAUGGUCACUUGUCUUCAGUGCGGACAAAUGUUGCAAGACAGGCAUGACGCUUGCCCCAUAUGCAGAAUGGACAUCCGAGAAAUUGUUAGAGUUUAUCAUACUUGAUGGCGGAAUAUUUGAAAUUGGUUUUGGGGAGACAUGCUGAAGUGCAAUAUGUUUAUUUCUCAUUCCAUUUGUAUCAACAAUCUCUCAUUCCAUUUGUAUCAACAAUCUCUCAUUCCAUUUGUAUCAACAAUCUCUCAUUCUCUUUGUCUAUUAUUAACAAUACUUUUGAAGAGGGACGGUGAUAAAUGUUUUAUUUCACCUCAAGCUUACUUUUACAUCCAUAAAAUACUUGAAGAUUGUGCGACCUGUAGUAUCUAAGGGUAUCUGGAAAACUGCCUUCAGAAUGCAAAUGGAUAACAAUUAGGUGGGGAACAAUAUUACCAAAUUAUUUUUAUUUUUACCAAAUCUUUGAUUCCAUCAGUUGCCAAGUGUUUAUAUUUUAUACCUAGAAUAUCAUCCCGUGUUAGAGUUGAUUCAUUUCUCCAAAGGGUAAUUAUAUUUUUACUAUUAAGUCAAUAAAAUGGAGUGCAACAACUCAAUACUCUUUCAGUAUUAUCAAAAUCUAAUUAGGUAUGAUUUUUUGAGGGCUUCUAGAUUGUUGCUAAAAGUGUAUUUUAGUAUAAAGUUUUUAUUGACUUGAGAAAAGGAUACAUAUUUGAUACUAAGCAGAUACCUGUGCUGCACUAUAGUUGAAAUCACCUAAUAGAGAGUAUGCACAAACACUUCUGAGGGCCCAUCAUUUUGUUUAUAUUCAGAAGUGAAUAAGCCCUCUAUGCUUAUGCUGAUGUUCAUUCUUUUUGUAAAGUUAACUCUUUCUC